AUGAAAUUUCGAACGUUCCUUACGGUAAUCACCUUGGUCUCUACUACAGCACUAGCUGUCGAAGAAGUAUGCGUUCAACGUUACUUCGGCUCGGUGCUCGAUGAGGCCCAGGUGGCUGCGCUCUCCACCGCCUUCAAUGGCGCAAAAAGCCGACAAAAAGUCCAGAACUACGUGGCAACACUCAAUGACACCCUCCAGGCCCGGAUCAAGCCCAUGCUGGCGACUUUCCAGACAAAGAUACAAUUUGUCGGGAAGACAUACGGUGCUUUUCUGCAGUCUGUCAAGCCAUUUCUGGCGAAGAAGCAGCUGAAGCAGGUCCGCGCCCACUUCAGCGACAGUCUCCAGGGGAACAACUGCGAUGUGGCCCGCGCAUUCUCUGACCUCUACGAUUAUGUCAAGACUAUGUUCACCAACGACACGGCCACGCAACAGGAGGUGAUCACCGCUGCGAAUGGCGUGCUCCAGAAGCUAGCCAACACAACGGCCUCCCGAGCCAAGCUGGUCGCCAACAUGAACUUCUUCCUGGCGGGGAUCAGCAACGCCACGACGACUGCCGCUCCAGGCCGAAAG